GGAACGCGGGGUAAGAUAUUUGACGGCGCCACGCUGUCCCGAUCCUCACACCCGUCUGACCCUGACCGCCUCCAUCCUCCCCCUCCACCGUCCGAAUCCAAACCCAAGCCCCAGCCCAGGACCUCCCUUCCCCGGCGCCGCUCGCCGGCGCCGUUCGUCAGCCGCGUCCGCCUCCGCGCCAAUCUGAUGGGGUACGAGGAGAGCAAAAAACAUCUCCUCGGUCUUAGUUACCAUGAGCUCCAAUGUUUGUGCAAAAGGCACAACCUUCCCGCAAACAAGAUUCACGCUCGGUUAGCAAGCUCGCUCGCCUUGCUGCUUGAGGCUUCUCCUGCUACCUCGCCUGCCCCAUUAGCAAUUAUCAAAGAAACAUCCACAUGCAACCAGGUUAAGCACAAAAGAGGCCCAAACAUUGGCAGAGAUGAUGAUAAACCACCUGUGAAUACAAAACAUCAAAAAACAUCUCAGACACCAGUUGAUGAAUCAUAUAAAAUGCAGAGGAUUGACACCAGUACGAGUAUUUCUCCAGUUUCUAUCAACUAUGGAAGACCAGACCGUCAUGGUCAUUCAUCUUUUGAACCGGGAAAUGCUCAUAAUUUGCAGUCUCAACGUGCUGUCGGUAUUGCAACUAAGUCAACAAAUCCAGAACUUGCUGGCGAACAUCAUCAUCCACCUGCUAACAUAAUUGAUCAAAUUUCAACCCCUAUUGUUCAAAAGCAUAAUGUGAUUGAUAAUGGUCUGGUCUCGACUCCUUUCAGCCAUACGGAAGAUACCAUAGAUAAGGGUUGUAGGCCAUCUGAUAAGAUGUCAGCAAAUGCUACUCCUGUUCAAUUCUUUGUAAUGUCAGAUGAGGGCAUCAACCUUGUUGUUGAUCUGAACUCCACUCCGGCAACUUGGGCCAAGAACUUCAAGGCAGAAGUGUGCAUUCCCCCUCCUUCUGAACCUGGGAAUUUCUCCAGCUUUAUUAGCAGCUUGGUAAGUAAGGAUGAUCAUAGUACUGCCUCGCCAUCUGGGAAUAUCAUUGUGGACAUACAAAGCAAGGGAUCUGAGAGUAUCGCUCCUUCCACUAACUCAUCACUUGGUUCAGACAUUGGUGAGAACUCUCGUUCAGAGCCCUAUCCAGCUGAUACAACUACUGUGAACUCAGUGUCAUCCGCAUCUACAUUGCCUGGUACUGUAGUUGAACUUUCUGGGUAUCAGGAGGGAGCUCCAGUGGUAUCUUCUUCAUGUUUAACAGCGGAUGUUCAGAACAAUAUGACAUCUGAUAUGAUGGCUGGUGCUUUGGAUAACAAAGUGCUUCCUCCAGAAUCUGCUGAUUUCUUUGUGCGGUCUGAAAGAAUCGCCGCACCCCUGGUUGAUGCUUCUGUAGAACCAACUGGCAAUAAAGACACGAUGAGUCCCGGUAAAACCAAAGUUUCUGGCAAGAUUGGUUACUCUCAAAAUGUUUCAGUUGCUGAUACAGGCAAUUUGUCUGCCUUUUCGUCGGGGGAUGUGGUUAGAAGUGACUGCAAUGAGGACUCCUGUCCAAAAUCUGUGGGAAAACAAACUGCAGACGUUUGUGCAGGAGUUCAGUUUGCUCACAGUGGUGACAUUCAUGAAAUCCUAAUGGAAAAUGAACCAAUGGAGGCAGUGGCAAUCGAAGAAGAUAUAGGUUGUGGUGACAGUUUGUCAAUUUCUCGUCAACUAGUCAGUCAGACAGUCAAAAAACGGCCAGUUACAGAUGUCCAGUCACAUGCUAGUUCUGCAGAUCAUUGUAUUGCUGGGAGUUUUGACCUCACAAACCCAACAUCAUCAUCUGCUGCUUCGUCUCUUGCUCUGGAUAAGAUCAAUAUUUGAAUAGCCUUUUAGAUGCUGCAGCAGAUGAUGCAUUGGAAACUGCUAUUGUAUAAUGUAUGUGUUUCUGGCUUCUAGGCCUUCUAUUCUACUUAGCAGUUUCAACUAUGCAUGUAUUGCAUGAGCUUGCUUUCUGUGUUUUCAGUGAUCACACAAUCUUCGUCUUGGAUGUAAUUUACCAUGCUGCCUUUUCAUUUCAUCCUAUAGCCCUUGUUCCUUGAAUCGUUUCUACUGGCAUCCAAGUGGUCAUGUUGGUGGAAGAGGUGGCGCUUUUGCAUCCCACCCAUCUAAUGGAAAAUUUGACAAAAUUCCACUUCUAUAGAUCAUGACUUGCUAAAGCAUAUUGCAACAGCAAUCUUGGUUCAACAGUUUUGUAACAUCUUGACAGGUGUGAAUAACUAACAUGGAAUUUGUAGACUUGCUACCAGGGAAUGUUGCUGUCAUCCUAAGUGCCUCCAUCUCCAAGAUCAACUGGUGCAUUAAUGCCCUAUACGCAUUGGUAGUGUUCAGGACCACCACACGGGAACUUGUUUCUAAGUUCCGCAGAAUUGUUAAGUAAAUACUCUAGGCCUAUAUUGGCCCAUGUGGACCAACUCUAUAUAUCAUUAUCAAGGCUAAUGGGCUUCUAAAAAGUGCAGUGGGUCGAUAGAUCUUGUGCUUUCUGACCAUGGACUUCCGAGAUCCAUUCUGCUACCAACUAAUGUAACUGGAAGGUGCCGCAUGCAAUCAGAAAGUAGUAUGGAAGAGCGGAAAAUGAUAAACAAUAUGAAACCCUAGGCAAGCUUCCAUCUGGUGUUUUCGGAGCUUGGAAAAAUGGGUGAUUAAUCGACUGGUACUUUAGUCUUGCAUGAUACACAACUCUGAACUUCUCUUGCGUACAGGUGGUAUAAGACUGAUCGAAUCAAAUCCAUAAAAGUUUUGGAUGAACAGUUCUAAAUAAAUUAUGAACUCGAUAAUUGAAUUGAUGAGGAACUGAGCCUGGCUCAGUUGGUGGGAGGUGUGGGUGUACACCCCUACCACCCAGGUUCCAGUCCUCUUCGACUCAAAUUUGGGUACCUAUUUCUUCUUAAUAUAAUAUCACCUAAUUCCUCUUAGGUUAGUCGAGUUUUUUCUUUUAUAAUUGAAUUGAUGGACUUGAAAGUUGUAAAAUAAUGGAGCACCAAGAUCGAUGAUAGCCUUAUAUGACAUUGGCCUUUCAUGACCUCUUCUUUUAAGCAGUAAUGUUUUAACAUUUUUCUCACUUGCCAGGAUGCCUAUAUGGGCCAUGCAAGCACUCCUUUGAAGUGUCAGUUCCUCUGGUUUAGCUAAAUUGCCUAAGUGACAGAUGCGUUACAUUUUUCCCUGCAUCACUCUUCCCUAUACUUUUAAGAAACAAAUGGGUCACUUCAUGCUUACUUACCUAUUAUCAACUAAUCAUAAGAUGUUUGUGCCUACUAUCUGUAGUCAUCGAUGCGAGGGUCACUUUCAAAUAGUUUUAGUGUCGACUCUCACGGAAACAGUAAAUGCAUGGCUGACUUAUUUUACUGGUUUGCGCU